AUGCAAAGACUCUCUACCACUGCUCGUUCUUCUUCCAUCUCCGCCUUAUUGCGCUAUGGCGGCGCACUUCGCAGGGACGUGGUUGCUCCCAUUUCCUCUUCUAACUUAGCUAAGGUGGGUGAGAAUGACACCCAAGUUAGAUGGUUUUCUAUUCUGGGUUCGGACAAAUCCAGCACUAUUGAAUCUGCAAAUCAUCCAAACUUAAGAAAAGAUUUGAUUUUGGGUAGACGAUAUGAAUCAACUGCUGCUGAAUCUUCUUCUACUUCCCCACCAGCCGAGAGAUAUGAGUAUCAAGCUGAGGUUAGUCGGCUCAUGGACCUCAUUGUUAACAGUUUAUACAGUAACAAGGAAGUGUUUCUUAGGGAGCUUAUUAGCAAUGCAAGUGAUGCUUUGGAUAAGCUGCGGUUUCUGAGUGUAACUGAGCCUGGGCUUUUGAAGGACGCAGUUGAUUUUGAUAUUCGAAUUCAAACUGAUAAGGAUAACGGGAUCAUAUCUAUUACUGAUACAGGCAUUGGGAUGACUAGGCAAGAUCUAAUUGAUUGCCUUGGAACUAUCGCUCAAAGUGGAACUGCAAAGUUUUUGAAGGCUCUAAAGGAUAGCAAGGAUGCUGGUGGUGACAACAACUUAAUAGGUCAAUUUGGUGUGGGAUUUUAUUCUGCUUUUCUGGUUGCUGAUCGGGUGGUUGUCUCAACAAAGAGUCCAAAAUCUGAUAAGCAAUAUGUAUGGGAAGGAGAGGCAAAUGCUAGCUCAUAUACUAUAACUGAGGAGACAGACCCUGAGAAGCUGAUUCCAAGAGGAACACGUCUUACACUGUAUCUUAAGAGGGAUGACAAAGGAUUUGCACAUCCAGAGCGGAUUCAGAAGCUUGUGAAAAACUAUUCACAAUUUGUUUCAUUCCCGAUAUACACUUGGCAGGAAAAGGGAUAUACCAAAGAAGUGGAAGUGGAUGAGGAUACAGAUGAAGCCAAAAGGGAUGAUCAAGAUGAGAAGACUGAGAAAAAAAAGAAAACUAAAACUGUUGUUGAGAAGUACUGGGAUUGGGAGCUGACAAAUGAGACCCAACCUAUCUGGCUUCGUAAUCCUAAAGAAGUCACUAAGGAGGAGUACAAUGAAUUCUACAAGAAAACUUUUAAUGAAUACUUGGAGCCAUUAGCAUCGUCACACUUUACCACAGAGGGUGAGGUAGAAUUUAGAUCUAUACUAUACGUUCCUGCCUUCGCUCCCUCAGGGAAGGAUGACAUAAUCAAUCCUAAGACCAAGAAUAUAAGACUUUACGUGAAGAGAGUUUUCAUUUCAGAUGACUUCGAUGGAGAACUGUUCCCCCGAUACUUAAGCUUUGUCAAAGGUGUUGUUGACUCAAAUGACCUCCCACUCAAUGUGUCGCGUGAAAUUCUUCAAGAGAGCCGCAUAGUGCGGAUUAUGAGGAAACGCUUAGUGCGAAAAGCUUUUGACAUGAUUCUUGGAAUAUCCAUGAGUGAGAACAGAGAGGACUAUGAGAAGUUCUGGGAGAACUUUGGCAAACACUUGAAAUUGGGUUGCAUUGAAGACCGUGAGAAUCACAAACGUAUUGCUCCAUUGCUUCGCUUUUUCUCAUCCCAAAGUGAUGAAGAACUGAUUGGCUUGGAUGAAUAUGUUGAGAACAUGAAACCUGAUCAAAAGGACAUUUAUUACAUUGCUGCUGACAGUGUGACCAGUGCGAAGAACACACCUUUCUUGGAGAGACUUGCGGAGAAGGAUCUUGAAGUUAUGUUUUUGGUGGAUCCAAUAGACGAGGUUGCCAUUCAAAACCUUAAAUCAUACAAGGAAAAGAAUUUUGUUGACAUUAGCAAGGAAGACUUGGAUCUAGGUGAUAAGAAUGAGGAAAAGGAAAAAGAAAUGAAGCAGGAAUUUGGCCAAACAUGUGACUGGAUGAAGAAACGAUUGGGAGAUAAAGUUGCAAGUGUGCAAAUCUCAAACCGACUUAGCUCUUCACCCUGUGUUCUGGUGUCUGGAAAAUUUGGUUGGUCUGCAAACAUGGAAAGGCUGAUGAAGGCACAAAGUAUGGGUGAUGCAUCCAGCUUGGAGUUCAUGAGGAGUAGAAGGGUGUUUGAGAUCAACCCUGACCAUGCCAUUAUCAGGAAUUUGGAUGCUGCAUGCAAAACAAAUCCCGAUGAUGAAGAUGCCCUCAGAGCUAUCGAUCUUUUGUAUGAUGCAGCUUUGGUUUCCAGUGGUUUUACGCCUGAAAAUCCAGCACAACUUGGAGGGAAGAUAUACGAGAUGAUGGGAAUGGCUCUCACUGGUAAAUGGUCAACACCUGAUCAGUUCCACUCCACUGUGACCAUGCCCCAUAUCCCAGAAACUGUAGAAGCUGAGGUUGUUGAACCUACUGAGGCUGGCCGUCAGAAGUGA